AUGGCAUCUUCAACAGCGCCGCUGCAGGAAUGGCUCGUCAUAGCGCCCGACUUCGAAGGUGUGCUGAAUAAGCGACUCGCCGUGAGAAAUGAGCACCUUGGCGGGCUGAAGGCGGACCCUGAGGACUUCUGGCUGUGGGGUGGCGCAAUGCUAGAAGAACCCGUGACGGAAGGCCAGACGCCGAAGAUGAAGGGAUCUACGAUGCUGAUAGGUGCGAAGACGAAGGAGGAGGUCAUGGAGCGGUUGAAGCAGGAUGUUUAUGUCAAGGAGGGGGUGUGGGACUGGAGCAAGGUGCAGAUCAUCCCGUUUAAGAGUGCGUUGAGAAAGGCGUUGUAG